UCCCCCCCAUAUGCCCUGCCACGGCGGCCGCCUGCCCGACACCAUGUCUUCCAGCGGCGCCCUCACCAACUACUACGUGGAUUCUCUGAUAGGCCAUGAGGGCGCCGAGGAAGCCUACGGUGGCGGCGGCGGGGUGGGUGGCGGCAGCGGCCGGUUCCUCCCGGGCGGGGGGCACCACGCGGGCCCCCGCUCGGCCUCAGGGGUGGGGGCGGCGGCCGAGGGCUCGGAUUUCGCCUCUUGCAGCUUCGCGCCCAAGUCGGCCGUCUUCUCCGCCUCGUGGUCCGCCGUCCACCCCCAGCCGUCCGCGGCCAUGCCGGGCAUCUACCACCCCUACAUGCCCCAGCCCCACUUGGGGGGCCCCGGCGAGAGCGGCGGCGGCAGAUACGUGCGCUCCUGGAUCGAGCCCUUCGCCUCCUCCUUCCCCAGCAGCCCCAGCCACGGCGGCCACGGCGCUGGGGCGCCCCCGGGAGCCGCCUCCGCGGCCGGCGGGCGCAGCCACUACGGGAUCGUCAAGCCGGAGACCGGCGCUGCAGCCGCCGCCGCCGCCUCCUCCACCUCGUCCUCGGUCCCCUGCGCCUCCAACGCCGCUGUCACCACCGUCUCCUCCUCCUCCUCCUCCUCUUCCUCUUCUCCUUCCAAAAGGACUGAGGGCGCCCAGGCCAGAGAGCCCCCGGCGAUCCCUCCCGGCGCCGGCCCCGACUACUCGUGCAAUCCCUUCCUGGCCGAAGCCCGCGAGAAGCCAGCCCGGGCUGCAACUGCAACGGCGGCUGCGGGCAACGGCGCACCCCCGGUCCCCAGUGCCGCCGCCGCCGCCGGCAGCCAGCCCGCCUCCGGUUGCAGCCGCAACCCCAGCCCCAGCAGCGAUCUGAAGGAGGAGAAACAGCACCAACUUGACCCAAAUAACCCCGCCGCCAACUGGAUUCACGCGCGCUCGACCCGGAAAAAGCGCUGCCCUUACACGAAAUUCCAAACCUUGGAACUGGAAAAGGAAUUCCUCUUUAACAUGUACCUCACCCGGGAUCGCCGCUACGAGGUGGCUCGGAUUUUAAACCUGACCGAGAGACAGGUCAAAAUCUGGUUUCAGAACCGGCGCAUGAAGAUGAAAAAAAUGAACAAGGAGAAAAGCAAUAAAGGGGACUAGCGCCUUGCUGGCGCGGAAUUGUUAAUGUACGUAUGAAUGUC